AUGUGUUUGUUGGAAUCUUCUACCCCUGGUAUAUGUGAGGAGCUUGAAUCCAUUGGUUUUGCUAAGUGGUCUCGUGCUUACUCACCACGUAAGAGAUAUAAUGUCAUGACCACUAAUAUAUCUGAGAGUUUGAAUUCUGCUAUGCUGAAGGCAAUGGAGUUACCAAUAUGUUCAAUGCUUGAUAUUUUACGAAUGAUGUUGCAAAGAUGGUUUUUUGAACAAAGAAAUGAAGUUGAUUAUCAAGUGAUUGAUUUUACCAAAACCAUUGAAAAUGAAGAUGAAGAUCGUAUUGGUUGCACCGCAUUGAAGAUGGAGAUGAUGCUUGUCGAUGAAGAUGAAGAUCGUCUUGGUUGCGCUGCAUUGAAGAUAAAGAUGAAGAUCGUCUCGGAUGUACCGUAUUGA